GAACAUUCAUUCGUGCAGGUACAAUCGCAUCGUACACACAAUCGCUCGGUCCUUACUAAAGCCUUCAUUUCAUUUUAUCUUAUCAACGGACAUUGUCCGUGUCGGUGUCGACAUCGUCGUCCACGUCGUGAUCGUUCGUUUUCCUUUGCUGACGACACCCUUGAGAAGGAUCAUAUCUAUAUAUGAUCUUUACGUGAUCGGCAUCAAUAUCGUAUUGUUAGAUACGUGUUCAUUCAAAGUUCCUGAUAUCGAAAGAAGAAUGGAUAAACAGACUAUCCAGAAUGAGAAUUCGAAGUUACAAUGGCAUGACUAUAUAAUCAUUGGUAUAGUCCUGCUAAUCUCUGCCAGCAUUGGGAUCUAUUAUCGAUUCACAGGCGGUCGACAACAAACUAUCGAGGAAUACUUCUCAGCCGAUCGAUCCAUGAAGAUUUUGCCAUUGGGGAUAGCCAUGACAGUUUCCUUCAUAUCCGCGAUUACGAUCCUUGGAAUCAGCGCGGAAAUCUACGUCCAUGGCACGAUGUUCACCGUGUUUACCAUUGGCUUCCUUGUUGGAGCGCCUAUCGCUAUGUACUGCUACCUACCAGUCUUCUUCGAGUUGAAAGUCAUGAGCGUCUUCGAGUAUAUAGAGAAAAGAUUUGGAAUAAAGGUUCGUUUAUUGGCCAGCAUCGCAAACUUCUGCCAUAUGACUUUACACACGGGAAUCGUUCUUUACGCUCCCUCAAUAGCCCUGGAGGCAACCACCGGCUUGUCCAGUACCUUAAGUAUCAUCUUAAUCGGCAUAAUCUGUACGUUCUAUUCAACGAUCGGUGGGAUCAAGGCUGUCUUAAUAAGUGACGUUUUCCAAGGCCUACUUAUGCUCCUAUCGACAUUGUGCAUUAUUGGGAUCGGUUGCAAUAUCCUACCAAAUGGAAUUUAUGAUGUAUGGGAUAGAGCUAUGAGAGGUGAUCGUAUAAAUUUGAACGUGUUCAGUUUGGAUUUGACUAUACGUCAUACAUGGUGGAGUCUAUUAUUUGGCGGAAUUUGCAUGUUUCUUGCACUUUUCGGCGUUGGUCAGGUCCAGGUCCAACGUCUUUUGACCGUCAAAAACUUGAGAGCUUCCCAGAUGGCCCUAAUAGUGAGUGCAAUAAUAAUGUUUAUCCUGAUAAUAAACACCAUCUUCGCAGGCCUGGUUAUGUAUGCUGUUUACAUGGAUUGCGAUCCAAUGAAGUCUGGAAAAAUAUCAUCGACCGAUAAACUCAUGCCAUAUUUUGUAAUUGACAAAUUGUCUUAUAUACCUGGCUUCGCGGGGCUCUUCAUUUCCGGAGUCUUCAGUGCAAGCCUAAGCACGAUCUCGGCAAUGUUGAAUUCACUUGCCGCACUUGCCAUCGAGGAUUAUAUAAAACCGAUUUAUUCGAAAAUUGGUGCUACAUUUCCAAAAGAAAAAGCAACAUUUUUGGGUAAACUACUUGCCGUUUUAAAUGGAAUACUCUGUGUUUCUAUCGCCCUGAUAGCUGGAAAACUCGGUAGCUUAAUCGAGGCGGCGAUUGGAUUGAUAGGAAUAAUCGGUGGUCCUUUAUUGGGUAUCUUCACAUUUGGAAUGUUUUUCGAAAGUGCCAAUGAAAUUGGUGCAAUCGUUGGAAUGAUUUUCACUGUGAUUGCGUUAGGUUUUAUAGCUUACGGUCCGAAAGUGCCUAUAACGACAUUGCCAAUGUUCAUUGAUGGUUGUGAGAAUGGAACGUUAUUGAUGUUGAAUGAGACAAUUGGAUUAAACUCGACGAUCAGUAACAAUUCGAACGUUCCAUAUAUAAAUCGAAUAUCGUAUGCUUGGUAUCCAGUGAUUGGAAUGCUAUUAACAAUUAUCGUGGGAUACUUGACCAGUUUAAUAACAAACAAUUGUAUUAGCAAUACACGUGAGUACGAUCCUAAUCUCUUUACACCGUUUAUUGCGGCUAGGAUCAAAAAGAGACGUCAAAAUGAACAAAGGGUGACAUCCAGUCAGAUGUUCGUUUUAGAACCGACUUAUAGAAAAUAAAAUGGAAUUAAUUUAAAUAAAGCGACACGUUAUUACUUACAUAUGUAUAAACGUAUUAUAAGUAUUGUGUUCAUAAAUUAUAAAUAAUAUCGAUGUCAAUUUGUAAAUACCGAUUAAGCUCAUCGUUAUUGUUAAAUUUUCGAAGUGAGAUUUUCUCUCACGAAAGAGAGAUGAACAUGAAAAAAAAAGAAAGAAAAAAAAAAGAAAGAAAAAAAACAAAGGAAGGAAGAAAAAGAGAUAAAUAAAAAGAAAAGUUACAAAAUAAUUACGUCUACGUUGAAAAUCUCUCGGUUGGAUAGUUUCGAACGUUGAGUUACGUUCGGAACAAUGAAAUCAGGUUAAUUUGUCGCCUGGUCGACUCGGUCGUUUGGUAGGUCGUUUGGUAGGUCGGCCGGUCGUUCUCCGUUUUACAUGAUUACGUCGACGCAUAUCCUUUUCCGCCAAUCGUUCCUCAUUAAAGUGCAAACACGAAGCCAAGAAGUCAAGUGUGUUAAAAGUAAAUCUAGUACUUACAGAUUAUUAAAGCUCCUUCUAAUUAUAUUUUAAGUCCGUUCCCUUUCUUUUACGAGUCCAAUUUUCAAGAUAAUCACUUUAACUCUUUAACCAUUGCAACGAUAAUUGUUUAACGAGUGCUCGUUGAAUAAACUUUUAUGUAUAUGCGUAUGUAAAUAUGUAUGACGAUUAGUCGAUUUUUAUGAAAGUACGAAGAAUUGUUAACUAAGUGAGGAACACCCAACUCGUAAAAAUGAAAAUGACAAUGACUAUGACGACCCUUAAAAAAAAAGGGAGCAGUGUGAGAACGUCGUCCAAUAAUAUCCGGUAUAAUUCCGUUUUAGCGGAACCCCUUUUUAGUUUCU